AUGCUCACAGAACAAAAGAGACGCCACAAUGGCCAGCCACAGGCCUGCGAGCCAUGUCGCAAGGCCAAAAUUCGCUGUGAUCAUGCAAAUCCAAGGUGUGCACGUUGUGCCAGACGAAGCUUGGAUUGUGUCUAUCACCCUGCACCUAUGACCAAGCGCCGUCUUCCGAACUCUCAUACACCUAUACGCUUCGAAGUGAUGCCACCCGCGGACCUACUGACUACUCCUGCUGUCCCCAGCGACGUCAACCUUCCUCUUGAAUCUCAAGUCAGCGUAGAGGUAGCUGCCUCCCCUGCACAGCCCGGCUCAGCUGCAAGCUCGGGUACGACGGGCCGUUCCAGUGGAUCAAAGCGGAACAUGCUAUUCCGAGAGGAACCGGGACGACACGAGACAACGCGCUUUUCCGCCGUCUUCUUUGAAAACCAGGAUAGUUUGGGCCCAGUGAUUCUUGGCGCCACGAGAUCCAGCGACACGCAAGACCGAGAGACUGAUGUGACGGCCCGGCCACGCCUAGAGUUGGCUGUCAGAACACUGCUCAAUUUUCCUACCGCUCGCACGUGUGACAUGCUGAUGACAGGAAUCCAUCAAAUGUAUGAUGUCUGGCUGUCCCCUACAAUGAUUCAACAGUGCUUAGAUCAAGUAUGGACAGUAUACGGUAGUGAGCUGGGGGAGCAUCGGACACGGGAUUCGGUAUUGAAAAUGGCAAAUGACAUCUUUCUCAACCAUAAAAGGCCACAAUCAACGCCCGGAUAUAAUGCAGACAGCGGUUUUGACCGCGUUGACUGGAUGAAUUGGUUUGGAGGGUCUUAUCUGCGAUGGGAAAUGAUUGGCAUCCUAUUCAGCUGGGCUGGAAUUGCAUUCAGAUGCAAACAAGAGUGGGACCCAGUUUUUGAACUGGUUGAGCAGCAUGGGCGGGAUCGCAACACCGCGGCAGAUCGGAUGAGAGAGUGUGCUGCUGCCUGCGUCAGACUUUGCGAGGAAAACUUUGAACUGAGUGACAUUAUGGUCAUUUGCAUGAAGAAUAGCAGCAGAUUGCAAAGCAUUAUCAUCAACGACGAGAGUGAUCGUAUAAGGGUCGACUAUGGUACUGUUCGCAGUGCUUUUAUUUCAGCCGGAUUGCAUCGUCUUGCACCCCUUAAGGAGGUUACGCCAUUUUCACAACAUCGAGCAUCUAUCGCUUCAUCUAUGUACUACCAGGACAAAUGUCACAGUUUGUUCAAUGCACGACCACCUAUGCUAAGUGACCGCUACUGUCAAUGUCCACUUCCACUCGAUCUGUCCGAGGAAGAUGUUUAUGGGGGUCGGGACAGACUGGCAGCGGCUCUUGCUAGGCUUGAUUCGAAUGGCUGGAAUACAGAUGGUCGAAUAUACACAACAACCUGGAUUCGAGCACUUGCGAUGCUGAGUCCAAUCCGAGAAGGCAUAUUGGAACUUUCUUUAAGUGUCAAUUUAAAAUUUACAAAACUGCAAACAGAGGACCUUAUCGUCCAGUUGGAGAAGAUAGUUGCUUCAUAUCCUCCACACAUUCAGUAUCACAGCAACAUGGAAUGGCCUUCACAUUCAAAGUGGUCCUUCCAUGGGCAAAGCGCUCAUGAGAUGUAUAUCAUCACCCGCAUACAACUUGAUGUAUUGCAAUGCAAAUUUCUCUUAGAGCGUCUGAUUGUCUCACGGGGAUUCAAUGAUGGCCAAGGCUUGUUCGAUAUCGCCAAAGAGACAAUCUCUGUGAUUGUGUUCCUGUGGCUUAAUCGUGAUAAGUUACAGGAACUUCACCAUGCUUUUGACUGGAUUGCUGUAUCAUACGGAAUGCCCUGUGCGGGAAUUUUAUGCGUCGAGCUUCUCCGAGCGAGUAAUCUGGCGCCACCUGCUCCAACAAAUGAGUCUUCAUCACCAGCUGCCGUUCACGAACCUGUUCGGUUUUCUCGGUCGGAGAUCGUUCAAAAAUUGAUCAUGUUCAAAGCCUUACUGGACUGGAUACGACCUACAGACAACAAUGUACGGCUCUGUGGCAAGUUCAAGAAAGUUCUCCAGAGAAUCAUUGACACUGUGUUUGAUUCUAUGGGAUCGGUGUCUGGAGCGCAUUUACAACACAACCCGAGCGAACUCCCGUUCCAGAGACAAUACGGUGCGCAAGACCCGCGGUCUCAAGAGGAAAACAUAUCUACCGUGAUAGACAGUCAGCAUGAUGUCGACCCUGAGCUAACCACCAUAAAUGAUAUGGAUUGGCUGAACACUGUUGAUUGGACGCAGGGAAGCUGGCUUGAGCAAAGUAAUCCAUCAUUUCUGUUAAGCGAUCUCAGCUAG